AUGCUGUUACUGUGCGGCGCGCACUAUCCGGUUGUUCCUGUUUCACGUCUUCAGACGCUAGGUGGCUCUACUUCUGGCAGACUGCGAUAUGAUGAGCGUCCUCUGAGGCUCCCGGUCGUACGCACGGCGCGAACUUACAGGGUUCUUGCGAUGAGUGCGCCACUGCACCCACAAGCGCCUCACGGAGUCAAUCACGGACCUCAGGUGGACGCCUGGGCACGCGUAGUCGUCCUGCCCAUACCUCGACACCAAUUCUUCUUCUCUCCACGCAGCCUCCUUCUACUUCUGCGCCCACCACUCUCGCAGCCACCGUCCGCAAGCACCAUCGAGAGUUCCUUCCCAUCCUCUCCGUCCAUCGCAUCGCUCACGAGCACCUCCAUCGCCGUCUCCACCGCCCCACUUCGCGGCUCAAAACUGAAGGACUACGAGUCCGCGUUCGGCACCCUCCAAUCGCAGUACGGCCUCGCGUCCCCGACGCCCUCCCCUCUCGCGUCGCCCCGCUCAAAAUCCCCCUCGUGGCUGAAGCGCGCCCUCGGUUGGCCGUCGCUCGAGCCCCACGCGCAAGUUAAAACCCGCGCGGCCACCGAUGACGGAGGAUGA